AUGUCGCAGCCACAACAUUACCCAUCUGUACCUCGCGAGAGUACGCUCAGCCAACUCCCGGCAGAAUACCCCACCGACACUCAAGACCAAAUCUCCCAGAUCCUCGCAACCGCGACAAUCAAUCGGCUCGUCGUUCUAGAUGACGAUCCAACCGGCACACAAACCUGCCACGAUAUCAAUGUCCUCGCCGUCUGGGACAUCCCAACUCUAACAGCAGAAUUCCAAUCCGAUUCCGCAGGAUUCUUCAUCCUAACAAACUCUCGCGCUCUCCCACCUAAAGAGGCCGAAGCUCUAAUCCAAACAAUAUGCAAAAACGUCUCCUCAGCCGCCCAAUCCACCGGCAACAAGGUCGACAUUGUUCUCCGCGGUGACAGCACACUACGUGGCCAUUUCCCGCUAGAAACAGACGUCGCUCAGUCCGUCUUCGGACCCGCAGACGCACUAGUCCUAGCACCAUUCUUUUUUCAGGGUGGCCGGUACACUAUCAAUGAUAUACACUAUGUUGCAGAAGGAGAUCAGCUUGUUCCAGCGGGCUCAACACAAUUUGCGAAAGAUGCCACAUUCGGGUACAAGAGCUCCAAUCUACGCGACUACGUGCAAGAAAAAGCGGCCGGGCGGUUCUCAAACGGUCAAUUGCACUCGGUGACUAUCGGUGAGAUUAGGCGUGGUGGUCCUCAAGCCGUUUGUGAGAAAUUGCUCGCUUCGCCGGCCGGUGGUGUGGUGAUUGUCAAUGCAGCCGCGGAAUCCGAUAUGCACGUCUUUGUCGCGGGUUUGUUGCUCGCUGAAUCAAAGGGUAAACACUUCCUCUACCGUACCGGUGCAGCAUUCGUCUCAACAAGACUCGGUAUCCGCUCUAAAGCCCCCAUCACCGCGACCGAGCUCAAACUCCCCUCGCCACGCCAAACAGGUGGUCUUAUUCUUGCGGGCUCCUAUGUUCCAAAGACAACCGCUCAACUCAAAGUGCUAACAGACCGCCGUGGAGGUACGGGGAAACUCGCAAUUAUCGUAAUCAAAGUCGAUGAGCUCAUCGCUUCGCCUGAGACGGCGGAGGAGACCGUAUCGCGUGUCGUGAAGGAUGCGGAAGCGCAUCUAAGUGCCGGAAUGGAUACGCUAGUUAUGACUAGUCGGAAGCUUAUUACGGGGAUUGAUGAGCUUUCGUCGUUGAGCAUUGGAGCUGCUGUUGCUGAGGCACUUGUCAGUGUUCUACAGCGGAUUGAAGUACGACCUAGAUAUAUUAUUGCUAAGGGUGGUAUUACCUCUUCUGAUGCUGCGACAAAGGGCUUGAAUGUUAAGCGUGCUUUGAUUGUUGGUCAAGCUGCUCCUGGUGUGCCUUUGUGGAGGUGUGAUGAGCCUACCUCUCGGCAUCGGGGUGUGCCUUUUGUUGUUUUCCCUGGUAAUGUGGGUGGGGAGGAGACUCUUUGUGAAUUGGUCGACGGUUGGAGUUAG